UGACGCGCAGCGAUUGGGUGAGCCCGGAGCUAAAGUGCUUCAGAGUGAGGAGAAAAAAAAAAAAAAGGAGACGCGGAUGAGAACAACAACAGCUGCCGCCGCAUGAAGCCAGCUAAAGUCGCAGUCUCACUCCUCGGGCUCACGCUGUAGUGACUUCGGAUGUUACGAUGGCCGCAAACUUUACGAUUUCAGACAGCGACUCAGAGCCAUCAGAAGAGGUAGAGGAAGGAGGAAACAAGCAGGCAACGAUAGGAAAAGAGGAGCCGCUCUGUCAACGCCACACCCUCACCCUUCCUGAGCUCAGAUCAACAAAUGGUCGCAUCAGACUGAACUCGGAGUCCCACGCUUCCACCAUCUCCAGAGGGGAGGAGCUGCUGGCCAGGGGGGAAGAGGAGGCCGGGACGCCCACUGAGGGGUUUUCAUUCAGGAACCGGUCUAAUUCGGCUCCUCCUGCCCUGUGGGCCGCCAAGAAGUACGGCCGGCAGCUUCGAAGGAUGAGUGAUGAGUUUGUCAACCUGCUUGAUAAAGGGGAGCUGAGGAAGGUGAGCAGUGCUGGAUCUAACAGACCGAUACCCCACUCCAGGAGCUGGUGGAACUACCUCUUCAGUCACCAGGAGACAGAGGGAGAGAACGGCCACCAUGAACCCCACUCCCACCGCACUGAGUAGACCUCCAGAGAGGAAAAUAAGAGUUAAACAAGGUUUUUAUGAUGGGGGGGGCACCACUGAACAAUAUGACCUGUAACUGGAAAGAGGCUUCCAGGUGUAAGGACUUGGUUAAAUAGGACAUUUAUAAGUUUUGUUUUUUAUGUCUUUGCUAUAUACAUUCAAUUUUUUUAAUUAAUGUUGUGAUUCAAAAAUGUUAGACUGUCCAUUGUGUUAUAGGAAAAGUAAGUCAAAAUAAGGCAAAGCAAGAUAAUAUCUUAAAAUUAUUUAUGUAGACUUGCAAUUAGUGGAUAGAAGAAGUUGGCAUUUUACAAUACAAUUUAUUUUUUUACACUAAUUUAAACACUGUUUGGAUUUCUGUUUUUGCCCCAUUGUGUGUGGUAAACGGCUCAGUUUGCUGCUUCUCCACUUUGUUCCCCUGCAGUGUUAUACCCAGCUGUAAUAUUGUGGCUGAAUAUUGUGAUAUCGAUUGCAAUUAACUCACAUGACCUUCACUUUUUCUUUGUUUUCCAUUGUCAUCUCGUCAUCAUCUUGGUCACAUAAAUCUUGAUCUAGUGCGGGCAUCAAGAACAAUGAAAAGCCAUCCAAAUGACUGAAUGGUUAUUGAAAUUUACCAUUAUAGGCCAUCAAAUAUUGCUUUAUAAAAUGGGUUGUCAGUUGUGAUUUGGUACAUUGUGCAGCCUUACCCAUUUAUUACAAUUUCAUCUGUUAAAUGCUUACCUUUUCAUAUCAGUUAAUUUCCAUUAAUUAAAUUGUACUUUGAUUAAUUAUGGAGAUAAAUAAUUAAGAAAAUAUUUAAAUCCAACUUAGAAUUUAGGUUAAUUGGGUGUUAUCUUCCUAUAGAUUUGUAAUAUCUGAAAUCGGUUGUAAUUUAAUACCCAAUGACCUCAUUCAAAUCAGCAUAACUCUGAGCCUUGUUCGGCUGAUCGAUCUUAUUCAUUGUAGUCACAUAGAUGCAUCUCCUAGCAAUAGGGUAAAGAAAAUUUGUUUCAAUCAACUGUUGUCAAAGAUGGAACAAAGAAACCCAAAGACAUGUUCAAAAAGUCUGCGGCCAGCUGCUUUUUCUGUAACCAAAAAAGUCUGGGAGAAAAGACAAACUGCAAAAAUCUGAAAUAGUUAAAGGGCAUAUAUCAUCAUUUUACAACAUUUCCUUUUAAAUUGUGUUCAGGCUUGUAGCUCAUGAUAGUUACAUGCUUUUUGUUGUCCGAAAUAUAGGAAGGUGUGGAAGGAAUAAAAGUGACCAUAAGAUGUCCAAGAACAUUUGCAGAAGAGUGAUGAGCUCAUGUCUGGAAAGCUGUACUGUUGCAAAAAGAAAACAACACAAUGCUCGCCCAGGACAAAAACAUCAAUGGCAAAGUCUCUAGCGUGCAUUUCAGUUAAUAAAAUCAAGAUUUAUGUAAAGAUUAAUUCGGAGGAAGAAAUGAGGAAAAAAUGUCUGACAGCAAUGGAUUUAAGACUUGACAAACCGGCGAGCUACCUAAGGAUUUAAGAGCUCUGUGUGGUCGACCAUGUCUGUCCAACUGACCACAGUUGGGAAUGAUCGCUUGUAACAAAAAACUGUUAUUCAGAGCACCAAAUUACCUGCAGCAACAGAAUACUUUAUAUCAGGGAGCCAUGCAGUGAUUGUAGAAGUCAAAUUAUUUCCAGCAUAAAUGCAUUUUACUCAUAAGGAUUUAGCUAAAUGACAUCUUUUGCCACACCAAUCAAACUCUAUAUCUGUCUACAUUGUUUUUCCCAUUAAAAGACACUUUAAGCUAGUGCUUCACAUGUGGUGGAAGGAAGGGAUGUUAAAAUAAUCAAAUUACAUCUGUGGUCAAAUGCUCCCUCCUCAGUUUGGCUCAGACACAGAGAACACAAUGCGGCUACAGUUAAUUAACAGGAAAUUAAAGCAUUUUCUUAUCCUGACACUUUAUGCUUACAAACAACAGCUGCGGUCACUUUUAUAGUCUGGCUGUUGACAUCCUGUCUGAGAUGUGGCAUAAAGUAGGCUGUAUCCUCAUACCUUCAAGUUUGGUUUUCCUCUUCCCAUAAAUCCGGGAUUCCAGUUGUUGCAUAACAAUAAUGAGACAGUCCUUUUCUUGUUAAGAGCACAAUCCAUCCUGGUAGAAAUUUCUCGACUGUGUGAUUCGAGACAUAUCAGACAUGUCUAUAUAUGGUAGUGCCUUCCUGUUUUAGUGGGCUCGACUCAAGGCUUAUUUUUCCUUUCAGAAAAGUUAUUAAAAACUACUUACUAAAGCCAUUUGGAAAAAAGUAAUUUAUUUACGCUUUAAGAUUUGUAGGGUUUUUUUGUGGUAAAAUUUUAUGAUAAAUGCCCUCUAAGGAGUUAAAACAAUCCAGUUUCUCCACAGUUUUGUGUUUGUCCUGCAGGUUAAUGUAAUCCACUGUCAAAAGUACCCUGCUGGCAUCUUCUAAUGUUUUUUUAUUUUAUACAAACUUCUUGUUCCUCUUCUUGCAAGCCUUUUCUAUCUUAAACAAUCGUACUUGACUAUCAGAGAACUGCUUUAUUAGAUUCAAUUUAUCAAAAGAACAACAAUCUUGUUUGUGGGACAAUCUGUGAUGAUGCAAAAAUAUUAUCUUUGACACGAAACUUCAGGGUUUAGGUUGUAGCUGAUGACACGAAGCCUAAAUGUAAAAGCACAAACAAACAAGUCUAUCUUUUUAAAGUCUCGGACAAGCAAAAACAAUAUGGAAAAAAAAAUUUUACGUGUAAAUAUCUUGUAUAUAUUUAAUCAAAUGACUUUGGUGGAGGUGUUAAAUAAAGUAAACUAACCAGAAAUUUAUCUACGAGGUUUCCCAGCUGUUCAGUAAGCAAUAGGCUUUGCACAAUCCAUGGCUGUUGUGAUAAUUGUAACCACACUGUUUAAAUUAAUCAACUGCUGUAAGCCUCAAUGGGUGGCAGGAGUCCUGUCUGGCUUAAACAUAAAAAGCCUUUUUAUAUCAAAACUUUCUGCAGUUUGUUCAGAAAAGUCAGUUUUUACACUUGUUUUUAUAAAACAUUUGUUUUGAGUGUAGGUUGUUAAAUUUCAUAAGCAUCGACGUGUGGAUAAAACUUCUUACUGGAAAAGGUAAGGAGCGCUAACCCAAUGCUGGAUUCUUUAAAUGUGUGUUGUAUUCUUGAUUUAUGAGCAAUUCUUGGCACAUAUUUUGGAUAUUAUUAUUAUUGCCUCAUACAAAAUCAGCAUUUUUAUACAGGUCGGUUUAAAAAAAAUAAAGCAAGGCUUGUCUAAUAUGUGAUUAUUAACAGUGGUGAUGAGUUCGUUCUGCUUGUGUCUUAUCGUCUUCCUCUCGGCUUGUAGGGUUGAGUUGUGAAGUGCUGGGGUUUGUCUUUAAUAAUAUUUCAUGCCUCUGGUUCGGUCUUUUAUAGCUUUUUUUGCUUAGUAUGCAUUUUAAUCAGAGAUCUCCAGACUAUCUGAACAGUGCCACCUUAUUUAACAAGACUAAACCAAUCAGCCAAUGACGGUUUGUUUAAAAACAAUUGAGGACCACCAUUGGAUUGGAUUUAUUUUCUAAAUUUUUUUUUUAUUUCACCGCUUAUUAAAGCUUUAUAUGUCGAUAAGUGGAGCUUGUGCAGAUUUACUUAAACUCUGACAUGGACGUGGCACUAGAUCUGAACUGAAGCUGAGCUGGCAUUUAAGUGCUUAGUUAUAAAAUGAGCUGCCUUGAACUUUUUAGUUAUCUGUGCAUUGACAGCACAGAGCCAGCCUUUAACUUUUACCCAAUCUGAGCCUUAAAUUACACUGCUCGCUGUCCCCAUUUUAUGCUCAAGAGAUAGCACAGUAGAUUUAAAUGGACACCAUGGGUACCAGGAGUUUUGCAUACCGUGUUGGUAUUACUUGAAUCUAAAGAUGUGUGUAAAGAAAACUGGAUUUUAUCUGAUUUUGUUCUUCAGUUUUUAAUGACUUUUGUAAAUGUAUUUUCUCUACAGCUGUGAAAACUGAUAUAUGCUGUCAUGAAUAAAUGAUUUUAAGACUGA